UGAGGGUGUGUACAUGUGUGUGUAAAUAGGUCAUUACAAAGACCUGCAGCUUUGAUACUAAAAGAACGUGAACGAGACAGAGACAGUAAAAAUGUAACAUGUUUGCUAUGCAUUUUCAAGCAGAGAGCACAAAAGAGAUAUUUUUAUAAAGACCUGGGUGAAAACAUCUGUCUGAAUAAUAGACACAGACAAACACUGAUGUGCAGAAAACCUGAAGAAACACGGAAGUAUUUGUUCAGGAGGGUGGACGAUCAGAUCUGCAGAGCAAAAAACUAGAAGCUACUUGGAACAAGGACAGAGAACAAAGACCUGAAGACCCUUAUCAGCUGAUUGUGCACUUCCACAUAAGACUUGCUGACAGUUAACAAUGACUACUCAAGCACAAAUUAAAAAACUGCUGAAAGAUUACCUGGACGAGCUAAAUGAAACCGAGCUAAGAUCCUUUCAGUGGUACUUGCCCUUGAAUGAGACAAAGGGAUGCCGAAUUAUCAAGACAUCUCAUCUGGAGAAUGCUACCAGAGAGAAAACUGUGGACAAGUUGGUCCAGGUUUAUGGGGAAGAUGAUGCUGUAAAGGUUGCAAUUGACAAUUUCAGUAGCAUUAAGCGCAACGACCUGGCAAAAGAGUUAACUGAAGCAACUCUCAAAGAGGAAGAGCUGAGUGAUGAAGAGGCAAGUGGUGAAGAUUCGACUGAUGAGGAAUCACAACAUGAAGAGGCAAGUGAUGAAGAGUCAAGAGAUGAAGAAGCAAGUGGUGAAGAGUCACGAGAUGAAGAGUGGAGUGAUGAAGAGUCAAGUGAUGAAGAGUGGAGUGAUGAAGAGCCAGUGGUCAAAAAGAGAAGAAGACUCCAGUACUGAAAACACAAGCGUCUGUAUUUUCACUGAGACACUGAUGCUUCAGCGUGGCCACAGCUUCUGUAAGGACUUUUUAGAAAAGUGCUGGAGGUGGAAAAAAUCUAGGAAAUGUCUAUUAGCAAGUCAUCUACAACCCUGAACCUCCACUUAUUUUUGAAACUGUCUUUUCCUCUGGACCAACUGACCACUUGGAAAAACUGUUUUCUUAUUUCUGUCUGUCUGUAAUUUUUUGUAAUUUGCAGAUGUUACUUGGUUUGACAUGCUUGAGUCACUUGUAAGAACUGCCACUGACACAAUUGUAGGAAAUUCAGAUUUAUUUGUUUUAAAAUGUUAUAUGGUACAAAAAAUUAAAAAGUGCUAAGUCUGCCAAAGAGUAAUUUCCCUGUAUAGAAAAAAUAAAGUAAAAUAUGUUGUGGAUGUUUCUGUUAAACUGACUUUUAACACACAUAAUGCUCACAGAAGUAGAGGACAAGAAAUCCCUC